GAGUCACGGACACCACCAAAGCGCUCGUACAUGUCUGCGAAUAUCCUACGCCAUGGUUGCUCUCUGUCAGCGAAUUUCGGUCCGCUGCCCAAGUUCGGCCGAGGGAGCAGAUCAAUUUCCUGACGAUGGCAUAUUCGGUAGUAGCGACGAGGGCGAGGCGGCAUCGGCGGUGUCGGCAGUAGCAGCGGCAGCGGCCGAUAGCGCCGACAUGGAGGAGAACAGCUCGAUACGGUCGUCCAGUAGCCACAGCAGCCACAGCAGCAGCCACAGCAGCCACAGCAGAAGCAGCAGCAGCAGCAGCAGCGGCUACAGGGAGCCCAAGCUCCUCCAGUCGCCCGGCAAUGCCGUCGAUCCGGGCCUCGUGGCCACCGCUGCCGGAGAGCCACGGCCCGCCCACCGUCACCACAACCACCACCUGCACCACCACCACCACCACCACCACCAUCGCGAGCUCGACGAGUACCUGCGGCUCUUUGACGAGCAGACUCAUCGGCUGCAACAGCGGCCACUGGAGCCCCACGAGGAACCCCAGCACAGCGACGACGAGCGCAAACCCUGGGACUUUAGUGGCAGGCAACAACCGCAACAGCAACCUGCGACCGGAUUUCAGUUUACGAACUUUGCCAAGUGCGACUUCCCGGACGAUUACCACGGUGGUGGUGGCGGCCCGAAAGAGGAUAUGCCGCUGCAACGACGAUCCCUGCAGGAGCCGCGGGAAGAGCCGCACCACCAGCUGGGGUCCGAGUGGUCGAGGUCGCUGCCGGACAGCGUCGAGGUGACUGUGCAGGACUCGGGGCUGCCGCAGCUCAGGGCGCGCAGGGACAUUGCCGAGGGCGAGAGACUCGGCCCACUACCGAUCGGUGGCGGCAACGGUGCCGACUUUGGUCCCGCGGCCAACCCUUACGAGGCGCUGUACUCGUGGAAGCUGGAGAGGGAUUCGUUCGAUGAAUCUAAAGACUGGAGGAUUCGCGUGUCGACGAAUCCUGAUGAAAUAAACGUGAAAAAAGUCAAGGAUAAGGAUGGAAACACGUACGUCGAGGCGGUGCGGAGCAUCGCGGCGAAGGAGUCGCUGGUGUCCCUCCUCGAGCCACUGGGCCAGCAACGACGGCUAAAAAACGAAGACGAGAACACGAGCGAGUACGCUUCGCAACACAGUGGAGCCUCCCACGCUGACGAAGAUCGAGAGGAAGACGAAGAUGGGGACACAAGAUGUACAAUCUGCGACAAGCCGUAUCAGGAUAUCGAGUUAUUAAACAACCACCUGAUCAACUGCCACUGUUACCCAGCGCGCAAGUACAGUUGUCUCAGCUGUCCGAACGGCUACUCCUGGCGGCUGUUGCUCAUUCGCCAUCGGGCGCUCGUCCACGGCGACGUGCGCAAGUACCCCUGCGAGAAUUGCGCCAAGCCGGACCGCCCGCAGGUCUUCACCGACCCGUCGAACCUGCAGCGCCACAUACGGGCCCACCACGUCGGCGCCCGUAGCUACGCCUGCACAGAGUGCGGCAAGACCUUCGCCAAGAGCUCGGGCCUCAAGCAGCACACCCACAUACACAGCAGCGUCAAGCCCUUCCAGUGCGAGGUCUGCUUCAAGGCUUACACCCAAUUCUCGAAUCUCUGCCGGCACAAGCGCAUGCACAUCAAGUGCCGCUCCCAGAUAACCUGCAGCAAGUGCAAGGCCAAGUUCAGCACCAUCACCUCCCUCACGAAGCACAAGCGCUUUUGCGACUCUACCCUCCCGAGUCCCACCUCCGUCGCCGCCGCCGCCCUCCUUUCCUCCUCCUCUCCCUGUCCACCCUCGUCGUCCUCGUCGCAGCAACAAUUGGCGCGGGUCCAGCAGCCGCCACCCCCGCCUCCACCGCUCCUACCCCCGUCCUCGUCCUCGGCCGUCGCGGCCCUCGCCGGUAUGCCGCACCAGGGCCACCCGAGUCCCUUCCUCUUCCCCCGGCAGCCCAUGCCGGCCUUCUACCCGCCGAGCCUCGUCAGCUCGUACACGAGCUCCUUCCUGGGCCAGCUGCCCUUCCUCUUCCCGCCCAAGCCCCCGGUGGCGGACGAAUCCCCGCCAGAGCCGAGGAAACCCGAGCCCCCGGCAGCCGAGGAGCCCGAGGAGCGCGCCAGCCCCGCGCGCCAACAGCCCGAGCAGCGCAAGCGCAACCAGCAAGAGGACGAGCAGCUACAGCAUGAGGACGAGGACCAGGAGGGAGAGCGGGAACAACAGCCCCUGGACCUGCGCGUGCAAGCAAAGCGCCCGGAGCCCGAGUCCGAGGGUAGCGCCAGGAAGCGGAGGAGGAGGAGGGCGACGCCGACGCCACCGCCGGUCGUUGAAAAACCCGCGCCCAGUCCGGUGAGCGUGAUGGAACCGGUGAAUGCAGCGAGGGAGGCCAAGCCGGUCGAGCGCACGCCUCCACCGCCACCGCCUCCGCCACCCCCGCUACCACCGGGACCAGCGCCGCACAUGGCCUACCCGCGGCCCAUCCAUCCGUUGUUUCUCGAGUCGAUGUACCGAGGUGGGCCCGCGGGUCCCUUUCCCGGCUUUCCCGGGUCGCCGCACGAGCACCGGCUCCUCCAGCCCAUGGCCUCGUUCGGAUCGCGGGGACUGCCCUUUCUCGGUAUGAUGAACGGCUUGGGUGCCGCGAGGCCGGCCAACCCCGCCUACGGGCCCCUGGCGCCCAGCUUUCCCGCUGUCAAAGCCUUUCCGGACUCGAUGCUCGGAGGCGGACAACAGCAGCAACAACAACAACAACUACAACAACAGCCCCACCACCAUCAGGGCUCGCCGCAGCAGGGGCCCUUCGCGGCGAAGCUCAAGGACCGCUACUCGUGCAAGUUUUGCGGCAAGAAUUUCCCCCGCUCGGCCAACCUCACCCGCCACUUGCGCACCCACACCGGCGAGCAGCCCUACAAGUGCAAGUACUGCGAGCGCAGCUUCAGCAUAUCGAGCAACCUGCAGCGCCACGUGCGCAACAUCCACGACAAGCAACGGCCGUUCAAGUGCCCGCUCUGCGAGAGGUGCUUCGGCCAACAGACAAAUCUGGACCGGCACCUCAAGAAGCACGAGGCCGACGAUGGCAGUGGACUGGCCUCGGUCGCCGACUCGGCCGACAGUAGCAACGAGAACGAGCGCGAGGAGACGGCCACCUACUUCGACGAGAUACGCUCGUUCAUGGGGAAGGUGACUUACGGGGGUGACGCGCCCGUCGGCUACUCACUUGCCCCGUUGGGUUACCACUUGCAGCAGCAGCAGCAGCAGCAGCCGGUUGGUGGUGGACCGCCGGGGCUGAAGCGGCCCUUCGACGAUGAGGACGAGGAGAGCGAGUCGGAGCCGGCUCUUUCGCCGCUGAGCCCGGCUGGCUUCGGGCUCAAGCUUCCCGGCAAGCCGGCGUUGCUGCUCAACAACAACAAUAACAACAACACGGCCGAGCCGGUCAUCGAGAUUUCGACAUAGUGGUCUUUGGGACGGUAAAAACGGUGUGCCCCCGGUGUAAAAAUAUAUAUACAUACAUACAUACACGGCUCGAACUUUGCAAAGCUUAGCUCUUAUCGUAUUUUUAGUUGGUAUGUUUUACUUUUACUUUCAUUCAUUUAAACACUAUUGCAAGGGUAGCUAAUACUCGAGGACCGUCAAGUUUUCGAAGUUUUUUUAUUUUUAUUAUUAUUAUUAUUAUUAUUAUUAUUAUUACAUAUGUAUAUUUCAUGUUAACUGUGUACGGUCAAUCUGACGGAUGUGGAUGGACUUGUUGUUGAUUGACGGGAACAAUUGUGGUUCGUUCCUGAUGAUGGUUACGUGACUUGGUUAUUUUGUUAUUCUUAAAAUAGAAAAAUAGAAAAAUAAAACAGAUAGGGAUGAUUCGACAACGAAAUAGCGACGGAAUACAAACAAAGAAACCUUACCAAUCGCGUUGGCUGAAUAAAUUGUUGUUUAAAAUUAUCUUAGUCAAGUGAAGCCAAAGCAUUGGAGAGGACGAUUGUAGCGUUAGGGAUGAAAAUAAAAAAAAA